AUGGGGUCCAUAGACGAUCUCCUUCUUGAGGAGCAGUCUCUCGAGAACGGCCCACGACCGGCGCCCACAUCCUCGCAGGAUCCUGAGCAGCUCAAACAGCGGCUGGAGGAGACGUUUCUCUCGCCGUCGACAGAAUUCUCGGAAGAAUGGCUCAACAAAUUACAGCAGCGAUGGGACCAUGAGACAGACUAUUCAUCGCUGUUCAAGCUUGCCCCGACGCAGAGUCGGACUGUCACUAGAUUCCAGCGACAUGGGCUGGAAGGUCGAGUCACAGGCUAUCGCAACGUCACGGUCCCCGCUUCAGGUGCCACGGCCAAGAGCUCAACCUCUUUCUCUCGCAAGCCUGCCAGCCGAGCUGAGUUUGUCCGGGGUGCGGCUGGCUUCUUCCCCUUUGCGCCUGGUGGUUUAGAGGGCAUCGAAGCGACGGCCGCUUUAGAGGAUCAGAUUCACAGUGGCGGUGCUACUGGCGAAAGCAACGACGGCAAAAGCAAGCUCGACAGGGUUAUUCAGUUUGGAGCUGAGGGCGGUCUACUAUCGAUACCACCGGGGUUCGACAGAGGCAUCGACUUUUCGAGAAAGAAGUUGGACCAAGGUGACGCAGACGCUGUGAAGGAAGUGCUCGAAGAAGAUCCCGAGGCUCUUGACGACUUGAAUGAGAGCAGGGACGAUUCGGAGACGGGCACGCCCAGCGGCGACAAGCAAGAUGCCGAGGACGAAGACGACGACAUUGACGGCAUCUUACCCAAUGAGUUCCCUUCACUUGAACCCCAUGGCGUUCUCGCCGCCUCUAGCGCUAGAAAAGCCGGGAGGGAGUGGGCGCAUAUGGUGGAUAUCAAACAUUCCAUGCCCAACUUCCGUGAGCUUGUUCCGGACAUGGCACGUGAAUGGCCAUUCGAACUCGACACUUUCCAGAAAGAAGCCGUCUAUCAUCUUGAAAGCGGCGACUCUGUGUUCGUGGCAGCACAUACAUCAGCUGGUAAAACAGUGGUGGCAGAGUAUGCCAUUGCGUUGGCGGCAAGACACAUGACCAAGGCCAUCUAUACCUCGCCGAUCAAGGCCCUGAGCAACCAGAAGUUUCGCGACUUCCGGCAGACUUUCGACGAGGUGGGUAUUCUCACGGGUGAUGUGCAGAUCAAUCCCGAGGCUAGCUGCCUGAUUAUGACCACGGAGAUUCUGAGGAGUAUGCUGUACAGAGGUGCUGAUCUCAUCCGUGAUGUCGAGUUUGUCAUCUUUGACGAGGUGCAUUAUGUGAACGACUACGAAAGAGGUGUUGUUUGGGAAGAGGUCAUCAUUAUGUUGCCGGAGCAUAUAUCCUUGAUCUUGCUGUCAGCCACGGUGCCCAAUACGUAUGAGUUCGCAUCGUGGGUGGGACGAACAAAGCAGAAGGAUAUUUACGUUAUAACGACACCGAAACGUCCAGUGCCGCUCGAGCACUAUUUGUGGGCCAACAAGGACAUCCACAAGAUCGUCGACCACGAGAAGAAGUUUAUUGAGAAGGGUUGGAAGGACGCCCAUCACGCUAUUCAGAGCAAGGAUAAGGAUACCAACCAGCAGACUGUCGCUACGCGUGGUGGCAACCCGAGGGGUGGGCAGCGAGGCGGUCCGCAAAGAGGAGGUCCGCAACAACGUGGGGGACGGGGUGGCCAACAGCAGAGAGGCGGUAACCAGCGUGGCCGAGGAGGCGGCGGUCCCCCCCGAGCCAGCCAUGCACCAGGCCAUAUGGGCCGCACCGGGCGACAGGGUGGCUUCACAUCUGCUGCGCAGGAUAAGAAUCUUUGGGUACAUCUCGUUCAGUUUCUGCGGAAACAGAACCUUUUGCCAGCAUGUAUCUUUGUCUUCUCCAAGAAGCGUUGCGAGGAGAACGCGGACGCGCUGAGCAACCAGGACUUCUGCACAGCCAAGGAGAAGAGCCACAUACACAUGAUCAUUGAGCGUUCAGUUGCUCGUUUGAAACCCGAGGACAGGGUGUUGCCUCAAAUUAUCAGGCUGAGAGAUCUCCUGGGUCGUGGUAUCGCCGUUCACCAUGGUGGACUGUUGCCCAUAGUGAAGGAGAUUGUGGAGAUCUUGUUUGCAGAGACUCUAGUCAAGGUGCUCUUCGCAACAGAGACAUUUGCCAUGGGACUGAACUUACCCACGAGGACAGUCGUCUUCUCCGGAUACAGGAAGCACGACGGACAUUCAUUCCGCAACUUACUUCCAGGCGAAUACACCCAGAUGGCUGGUCGAGCCGGUCGACGUGGCCUCGAUACUGUCGGCUCCGUCAUCAUUGUACCUCCGGGAGGUGACGAUGCGCCGCCCGUCUCUGACUUAAGAAACAUGAUUCUGGGCGAACCGUCCAAGUUGCGGUCACAGUUCAGGCUGACCUACAACAUGAUCCUCAACCUGCUGCGCGUAGAAGCUCUCAAGAUUGAGGAGAUGAUCAAGCGAAGUUUCUCGGAACAUGCUACGCAACAGUUGCUGCCCGAGCAUGAGAAGGAUGUGAAGUUGGCCCAGGCUGACUUGGCCAAGGUCAAGCGUGACCCGUGCAAGAUCUGCGACGAGCACAUGGACGACUGUCACCAAGCCGCCCAGGACUUGAAGCAGCUGACUUUUGAGCUAUACAAAGGCUUGCUGAGCAUUCCCAUCGGACGGAGAAUGUUCCAGCAGCAGCGCCUCAUCGUCUUCAACUGGGAUGGUAUUCGCACUGUUGGUAUUCUUCUGCAUGAUGGGGCCAGCAUGAAAGGCACUACCGAGGACCCAACUCUUCAUGUCUGCGCUGUGAGGCCGAACCGGGAGCGUCGCGACGGGACGGACAGUCUGCCCUUCCUACCGGGCUUCCGCAAGAUGUUCCACAAGCUGCCGCAAACCAAGCGACAGCUCAACACCAAGACGCUGCAUGUCCCUAUGAGCGACGUCGAGUGUCUAACACGCUGGGUGGCCAAGGACAUUUUGCCCUUCAUCUUCCAGGGAGGCGAAGUUAGAGAUAAUGCCGAAAGGAGGUUGAUGGAUCUGUGCAGCUCGUGGGACGAUCGCUGGGACGAGAUGGAUUUUGGCAAGAUCAAGAGCAUGGCACUGCAAGAGUUGAUGGAAAAGAGAGUCGCGUUGGUGGACAAGAUCAUGAACUCGCCCUCCAUUCGCUGCCAGGCCUUCCUCCGCCACUACGCCAUGUGUCACGACCAGUGGCUCAUCAAGGAGCACAUUUCUCAGCUCAAGCAGUCGCUCUCUGACCAGAAUCUGCAGCUGCUGCCCGAUUACGAGCAGCGUGUCCAGGUGCUGAAAGAACUAGGAUUUAUUGACGACGCGACACGUAUACAGCUCAAGGGCAAGGUUGCUUGCGAGAUUCACUCUGGUGAUGAGCUAGUCCUGACAGAGCUGAUCCUCGACAACGUACUGGCGGAGUUUGAGCCGGCUGAAAUCGCCGCGUUGCUGUCCGCCUUUGUCUUCCAAGAAAAGACAGACGUUGAACCCGUUCUCACCGGCAAUCUUGAAAAGGGAAGGCAGACCAUCAUCGCUAUUUCCGAAAAGGUCAAUGAUGUCCAGACGAGGCUGCAAGUGAUCCAGUCCACAGAGGAUAGCAACGACUUUGUCUCGCGUCCGCGCUUUGGCAUCAUGGAGGUUGUCUACGAAUGGGCGAGAGGCAUGUCCUUCAAGAACAUCACCGGCUUGACGGAUGUCUUGGAGGGUACAAUUGUGCGCACAAUCACACGACUGGACGAGACUUGUCGCGAGGUGAAGAAUGCAGCGAGAAUUGUGGGUGAUCCUGAGCUGUACCAGAAGAUGCAGACCGCGCAGGAGAUGAUCAAGAGAGACAUCACUGCAGUGGCGAGUCUGUACAUGUAA